AUGGCCACGAUCAGAGCAGCAGAUGGGGCAGGUGCAGUCGGGAACCGUAGACUAGCAACAAAUCGAGUACGCUCAACAGGCGCAAGACAGACUAUAGACAAUCCGUUCUUGACAUUCGAUGACACAAAAGCCGAUCUCAAUACCGGAAGAACCGAGCUAGAAGAAUACGUUUGGCAAUUUGCAGCGUUAGCAAAUCUUAAAGAUCGCUAUGAAUUGCUCCGAUUCGGCGCUCGACUCGCUCGAGACAAGUAUGAGACUAUCAGUAGAUAUGCGGGUGAGCUCACAGAACCGGAGAAGAAGCUGUUGGAGAAGGAGAAGGACGAGAGUACAGGAUUCUGGAAGCAGUCCAAGUUCUUCCGCGCGACAAUCAUGACGGCGAGUCUCGCAGGAAUGAUCCAGGGAUGGACGCAAAGCGCGAACAACGGCACUGCCUAUGGCAUGCCAGAUGAAUUUGGGCUAUGUUUCCGCCCACAAGAUAACUGUACUUCAUCCGACCUUUGGACUUUUGGAAUGCUGAACGCUAUACCGUUGCUUUCCGCAGGCCUCUUCGGUACACUCCUUGCAGAUCCACUGCAGGAGAACUUCUUGGGGAGACGGGGUAGUGUGAUGCUCUCUUGUACUAUUACAAUUGCAUCAACAAUUGGUGCGUCGGUUACGAAUAAUGUAGGCGAGCUCGCAGCCUGUCGGGCCAUCAACGGAAUAGCUUUGGGCGCAAAAGCAUCUAUAGUUCCCAUAUAUGCGGCUGAAAUAUCACCAGAGCAUAUUCGAGGCGCUGUCCUGGCAAAUUGGCAGCUGGCUGAUGCAGCGGGCAUAUUUCUCGGCUUUCUUGCGAACUUGUUGGUUGUGAUAUACGUGAAGAAUGCCGCGUCCGCGUGGCGCAUCCUUACAAAUACGGUGCUUAUUCCCACGAUCCCGUUGUUGGUCAUGAUUUACUUGAUGCCGGAAUCACCUCGGUACUUGAUGAAGCAUGGAAAAUACCGCAGAGCACUCGAAGCCUUCGAGCAGGUCCAAACCACGCAGCUGUUGGCAAGUCGCGAUUUUAUGUAUGCGCAUGCACAACUAGAUUUCGAAAGCCGACUAUUGAAGGGGGAGGUGAACCAACUUGGCAACCUGGCCGAACGCGUAGAUAUCAGCACGUCGAGCUUCUCUGGCGAGCCAUCCUCGAUGACACCUGAUCGCGUGCAGCUCGAAACAGUGGGUUCUCAGGCGUCCACAUCGCCAGGCCGAUCCGUCCAGGGUUCCAAUACGGAAGCAGCAAAUAGAGGAACAACAGUAGAGCCAGGUAACAGUCAGCAUCAGUCCAGAUCGCGGACUGAGCAAAACGAAAAUACCAAUAUCGAACUUGCGACUCUGAACAGAAGAUGGAGCGAUGUUACAAGCCUAAACUUCGAUGUUGAAGUCAAGCGAGCGAAGAAGAAGCACAACCCCUACUCGUACAACAUUGGUGUCAACGGUUAUUACAAGCGUCUGAGAGAGCUGUGGUCCAACAAACGGUGUCGACGGGCGUUACUAAGCGCCUCAGUCUCCAUGAUCACUCAAACACUGACUGGCGUUAACACAAUAGCCUUCCUCGGCACCAUAGUUUGGAAGAACGCCAUUACAGCCAACAGCGACCAAACCGCCGCGAUAAUAGGUCUGGCCUUCGGAGCAGCAAAUUACGUGUUUGGACUACCAGCAUAUUGGUCUUCCGAUCGAUUAGGACGGUCCAUUAUGCUUUUGCUCGGCUUACCAAACAUGGCCUGGUCAAUGUUGGUGUUUGCCUUUCUCUUCAAGAUCCCUGAGUCGGAGACGUCCGUUCGAACCCCAAUGAUCAGCAUCUUCGCGAUCAUUUUCGUCGCCUUUUAUGCUCCGACGGCGGGUACGUCUCCAUUCUCGAUUGCAGCAGAGGUCUUUCCUCUCGUGUCGAGAGAGGCUGGCAUGGCUAUCUCCGUCGCUAUUAAUCUCUCAGGCGCUGGUAUAUUGGUCCUGGUAUUCCCGUUCCUGUUGAACAGCAUUCAACCGACCGCUGCAUUCUCGAUCUUUGCAGGCCUGAACUUGGUCGCCUUUGUAUUGGUGUACUUGUUCGUUCCGGAGACGAGAAUGCGGACAUUGGAGGAGCUGCAGUAUACGUUCGAUUUACCGACGGGAUGGCAUGUCGCGUAUCGGCUAGGGUACAUACGGCGGCAUGUUUGGGAGAAUUGGUGGAAGUAUCUGGCUCGCAAAGAGGUCGAACCUCCUAUCCCGUUCUAUGCAUGGGCGCGGGAGACAUAUAGAGAGAUGGCAGACGCCAGCUAA